UAUAAAUCGAAUAUGGAUAGAGCUGAAAAUAGUGAAGCCUAUGACCAAAAUUUUUCCGCAGGAGAUUUUGAUGAUCCAAUGACAAAAUACGACAAUAUUGAUAUAUCAAAGUAUGCUAUAGAGCUCAGUUCAGUUCAGUGAGCCUAUUUGCAUAACUUACUGCCAGGAAAUGGCUAUAGGUUCGUGCCAGAGGAAACCACACUAAAUCAGAUUACUAAAAGGAAAAACAAGAAAAAGAAAAAUGCUAAAUCUGUCUUCACAGACAGUGCAAUUUCAAAUAGUGAUAAAAUGAGCUCUUCUGAGAGAAAUGUACAGGAUUCGAGUUCGAUGAAUAGUAAGAAAAGAUCCUCGACUCCUUCCAAGGCUGUAGUGCCUUCUGAGUUGGCUGAAUCAGCUAAAGAGAGCUUUGGAAGAGACAUGAGUGGUAACCAUGACUCUAUGAAACAGUAUAAUCCAUCAGAAUCUGCUAGCUCAAUCAAGAAUAUUGAGAAGCCAGUUCUUGCACAGGAACCAGUUCUUGCACAGGAGCCAGUUCUUGCACAGGAGCCAGUUCUUGCACAAGAGCCAGCUCCUGCUGCUCCAGUAGCUCCGCUCACUGAGAAACCAGCUGAGUUGACUCCAGUUCAACCUACUAUACCUCAGAACCCAGAGCCAUACCAGGAGAAUCAUAAUUUUGGAGGAAUCUCAACUGAGCCAGUACAGUUAAACAAGGAAGAGAAGAGAACCUUAGGAAGACAGAUCAGGAAGUUAAACCCCUCCUACAUGAGAGGGAUUAUUAAAAUUGUAACCAAAGGGAAACCUAUAAAAGAAGAAGCGCUUGAAUUCGACCUCAACAAACUGUCCCCAAGAACCAAUCAUUCUCUCAAGAAAUACGUUGAGGACUGUAACAGCUCUGAAGGAGCGACCCAGAUCGGAGGUGUAAACUAA